CGGGGGCGCGCGGCGGGGGCGGGGGCGGGGGCGGGGCUUGCAGGCGAAGUCGGGGACCCCCGCUUCCCCGGGUGCCCCUUUCUGUGGGGCGCCCCGACAGCGCGGCCAUGAAGCUGAAGCUAAGGAACGUGUUUCUCGUCUACUUCCUGGUGUCGAUCGCCGGCCUGUUCUAUGCGCUGGUGCAGCUGGGCCAGCCCUGCGACUGCCUUCCUACCCUGCGAGCAGCGGUUGAACAGCUCCGGCAGAAGGAUCUGAGGAUUUCCCAGCUGCAGGCUGACCUCCGUCGUCCGCCUGCCGUCCCUGCCCAGCCCCCUGAACCCGAGGCCCUGCCGACCAUCUACGUCAUUACCCCCACCUAUGCCAGGCUGGUGCAAAAGGCUGAGCUGGUGCGACUCUCUCAGACCCUGAGCCUGGUGCCCCGGCUGCACUGGCUGCUGGUGGAGGAUGCUGAGGGCCCCACCCCACUGGUCUCAGGGCUGUUGGCUGCCUCCGGCCUACUGUUCACUCACCUGGCAGUCCUUACACCCAAAGCCCAGAGGCUCCGGGAGGGUGAGCCCGGCUGGGUGCGGCCCCGGGGUGUGGAACAACGGAACAGGGCCCUGGCCUGGCUCCGGGGCCAAGGGGGCGCCAUUGGUGGGGAGAAGGACCCGCCACCCCCGGGGUCCCCGGGUGUCGUGUACUUUGCUGAUGAUGACAACACCUACAGCAGGACUCUCUUUGAGGAGAUGCGAUGGACCCGGGGUGUCUCAGUGUGGCCAGUGGGGCUGGUAGGGGGCCUGCGUUUCGAGAGUCCUCGGGUGCAGGAUGGCCGGGUGGUGGGGUUCCACACAGCGUGGGAGCCCACCAGGCCCUUCCCUGUGGACAUGGCGGGUUUUGCGGUCGCCCUGCCCCUCCUGCUGGCCAAGCCUGAUGCACAGUUUGAUGCUGCUGCCCCCCGGGGCCACCUGGAGAGUAGCCUUCUGAGUCACCUCGUGGACCCCAAGGACCUGGAGCCACGGGCUGCCAACUGCACCCGGGUGCUGGUGUGGCACACGCGGACGGAGAAGCCCAAGAUGAAGCAGGAGGAGCAGCUGCAGCGGCAGGGCCGAGGCUCUGACUGGGCUGUGGAGGUGUGACGGUCUCACUUGACUUCCGGAGGUGUUUCGUGCAUAAUUCAUGGGGCUCCAGGCCUGACCCUCACCAAGGUGUGGCCCAGUGGCCCCUCCUCCUGGAGACCUGCCAUGCAGCUGUACCCACAGGCUGGCGACAGGUGGUCAGCCAGGGACAGAUAGACUGGGGGGAUGAGUAACUUAUUGGGGUUGGCGGGUGGGGGCUGGGGGACCUGGGCAGGGCCCUCCUCACCUGAGCAUGUGAACCCCCUCCCGCCUCCAGAAUAAAUACCCUGCCCAGUU